GUGUUAAUAUAAAAGUUAUUCCUAAUUUAAGCGAUGUUAGUAAAAAAAAACUGCAAGAUUUUUAUAAAAUUUUCAGAAAAUAAAUGCGGUUUUCAAUCCCUUGUGGGGGACAAGAUGGAAGCAGAAGACCAUGGGGAGGAUAUGCAGCUGUAUUCGGCGGAUUUCUACUGCAGUUUACAAUGGGAGCGUUCUAUUCGUUUGGGAACCUGAGUACAUAUAUGACGUCCUACAUGAGACAAAAUGGUUCCCCAAAUAUAACGUAUACAGAUUUUGUAAUUGUGCAAAGUGCCUGGGGUAUGACUCAGGGGUGUGUAAUGCCGUUCUCUGGUUUUAUUAUUAAAGCUAUUGGUCAAAAAGCUAGUAUGGUGAUAGGGUCAUUUAUAUUUAGUGGAGGAUGUGCUCUCACAUAUUUUACUAUUCAAAAGGAAUUGUGGAUGGUAGCGGCAACCUACGGGUUUGUGUCAGCGUUUGGUCAAAAUAUUGCUCUAAUUCCUACUCUAACAACUGGAAUGAAAUGGUUUCCAAAUAACAAGGGAACAGCUAUGGGUUUGGUUGUAGGUGGGUUUGGAGGUGGGGCAUUUGCCUUUAAUAAUAUACAGACGGCCAUCUUGAAUCCAAAUAACGUGGAUGUGGCUAGGGAUGGACCAGAUAAAGGAUAUUUUGUUGAUGAAGAUUUACUCAGCAGGGUUCCAGAUCUCCUUCUUAUUCUCUCCGGAAUAUAUUUAUGUUUAGGUUGGUUUGCUUGUCUGCUUAUCACCCAGCCUCCAGAUGAUUGGUUGGAUAGACAGGGCGGGGAUGAAAGAGAGAUAGAACAAGGGAAGAAGGAAAAGGAGGAAGAUGAACAAAAAGUGAAGGAAGCAGAAGAGAAAAGGAAAGAACACAAAUUGAGUGAAGAAUACCUGACGCCAUGUGAAGCAUUUAGGAGAAAAGAGUUAUAUUUGUUGUGGAUAACAAGACUCUCAGUUGUGAUGGUGACUCAAGUUAUUGCUGCAUUUUACAAAGCAUUCGGACAAACUUUUAUCAAGGAUGAUCAGUUCUUGUCAAUUGUUGGAGCAGUUACAUCAGUAUUCAACUGUACAGGUCGCUUGUUCUAUGGUUUUAUUAUGGAUAAAACAGCUUACAAAGUAGCGAUGUGUGUUGAAGCCUCACUUCUCAUCCUUCUCAUGUCAACAUUUUAUCUAACUUCACUCAUAGGUGUUGACACAGACUGUACUACAGAUACUGCAGCUUUCUUAGUUGUACAUGAAGCAAAUUCGACAUUGGUGACAAAUCCCUGCGACGAACCAACAUCACUUCUUACUAAGAUUGUGUACGCUCUCUGGGUUUGGGCAAUUUUUUUCACAUUCCCUGGAACAUACUCAACACAGCCAGCUGUAACAACCCAGACCUUUGGGCAUAAAUAUGGAGGCUUUAUUUAUGCUUUUCUAUUCUCCAGCGAUAUAAUUAAUAAUCUCCUGGUGGCUACAGUCUCGAAGGCAAUAAAAGAGGCUCUAGGAUGGUUAGGUUUAUUCCUUAUAGUUUCAUCUUGUGGAUUUAUUGCUCUGGGAGCAACCAUCUUCUACCCCUAUACACCUAGACCUGGUCCCCGACCUACCAGUACAUAUUGUCAAUAUGGAUUCUUGGCCCGGCUUGGCCUAGUGGAGUUAUCAAGGCUUAAACUAGAAGAUUAUGAGUUUAAGAAGAAUCCUGAGAAAAAACAAGCGAAUUCCUGAUAUAUAUUUGUAACACAAGUUUCAACCCACAUUUUAGAAAAUUCUAUCAGUUUGUUUCUUUAUCACACAUCGCUUUCAGAUUGUUUAAUAAAUAAAAUAUAUAUUUAUAAUGUU